AUAGACACCAGGGGACAGCAGAUGACACCCGUGUGGCCCGUCCAUGUCGGUGCAUUUAACAGAAUGAGCGAGAAGCCUCAGAAAAAUAUUGGCAAUCGUCAACACUACAAAUUUACGCGGCUGUGUAGCUUCUACCAAGCCGGUACGUGUUCCCGCGGCCAGAAUUGCAGCUUCGCGCACAGUGAGUUGCAGAUUCGGGCACAACCAGACUUCUACAAAACUCGUUUGUGUUACGACUUUCGGCGUGGAAAGUGCGCUGCUGGCGAAGCGUGUCAGUUUGCACAUGGAAGUGAAGAAAUGAAACGACUCGCCCAAGAGAGGCGAAAUCUCCGAAAGUCUCCAUUGACCAAUGCCGCAGGUGGUACAAACACAGGAGCUGGCGAGGUUCUGAAAUCCCAGACGAGCUCCCUCAAUAAGGGAGAGGUCAAUGACAGAUCGACAUACCGGACACUGUCAGAAGUCGCACCUCAUCCGAGCGCCUUGCCGAAUCCCCUGCUAACAUCCAAGGAGGGGAACUCUCGCAGAUGCAGCACAGAACAUCCUGUUCCUAUGGUUCAAUCUACGGAGGAGCAGAUGGCAUUUGCGACCUUUGUGGGCGCUCCAGUGAGGUUUACAAAACCAGACGGCGUAGCGUCAAUGGCAUAUUGGCUCUGAAUGCGGAGGGAGGAGCGAUGAGGAGAUUGUGCACCAGCCACCAAUUUAGACGGUUCAAAAGUUUAGAGCCUUGGCGCAUCUUGGCGCUUCCAGUUGGCAAAGCAGAUGAAGAAC